ACCUUUAGCCCAGUGGGCAAAAGUAUCACCCCUAUUCAGUUUGAUCUUCCAGCCAUGCAAGAAUUUGUAGAUCUCUCCAGGAGUUACUUUACUGUGCGACUCAAACUGGCCAUGUCCGAUGGUGCCCCUAUCAAAACAACCGAUGAUCUCUUUUUGGUCAACAACCUACCUCACAGUAUGCUCAAACAAGUUGGAGUACGACUCAAUGGUACUCUGAUCAACCCCCAUACAGACACAUAUCCUUACAAGGCCAUGUUUGAAACCAUCUUGAACUAUGACAGAGAAGAUGGGAAAACGAUUCUACGUCCUCAAGGCUGGGUCAAUGCCUUGGAUUUGCCCAAAGCAUGGGAAAAAACAGGUUCAGGCAACAUGGACAUUAAAACAAGUGGUUGGACUGACAAUCAAAAAGCAGCUUUUAAGUUACUGAAGGCAGAAUCCGGCAGGUACUACAAUGAUAGUAACAGCUCGUUACUUGAAGUUCGUUUGAAGAUCAGACCCCAUGUGGAACCUUUUUGGUUUCCUUAUGUGUUGAAACCAGGAGUGCAAAUGCAGUUUGAAUUCCAUUUUCAUGAUCCUAAAUUCUGGACCAUGGUAGCUGAUGAUAAUGUAAAAAAGAUAAGGUUCACCGAGGAUGAUGUUGACAUGAGGUUUCAUCUAGCUCGACUAAAGCUCAAUGACUCUAUCUACAAUGAUCUCAUGCUAAAAACACAAAACAAUGCUCAAAAAGCAGUGUAUCCAGUGGUACGAAGUGAAUUGAGAACCUUUAUCUGGAACUCAGACAAGCAGACAAGGUUUGAAGAAGAAGAUAUCUUCAACGGAAAGGUCCCACAGAGGGUGAUCGUAGCCAUUGUGGAUAACAAAUCCUUCAAUGGAACCAAAAAUUACUACCCCUUCUCAUUCCUCAAAGCCAAGCUCAAGUACAUCAGACAGCUCAUUAACGGAGAAGAAUACCCUUAUGAAACACUGGAACUCACACGAGAUGAUCGGUAUGACUAUGAUGGCUAUUACCGAUUCCUACAAGCCAGUGGAGCAUUCAUCAAGAGUCAGCCAAACAUGUUGAGAGAGGAAGACUGGGGUGAAGAUAGAAACUGUAAUUUGUUCAUGUGGAACAAUGUAGGCAGUGGUAAUGCGGACACAGGUAUGAUGAAUCCCAAUAAAAAGGGUAACGUACGGAUUGAAUUCGAAGCACAUUCAGCUCCUGCCUUUAUCAGUACAGUGCUGGUCUUUGGCGAAUUUGAAAAUCUGGUGACCAUUGAUAGCAUGAAUGACGUAGAGUACAACAUCUACCAGUAA